AUGAGUAGUCGGAACGAAAUUUACAAAAGUUGGGCACCAUAUUUAUUUCAAUUGAUCGUGACGCUUGAGCAUCACUUCAAUUACUGGCCAGGGAUGCGCUCGAGAACGGCCUUAGCUUGCAUCUCCAAUUCUUCUUGGUGGGAAAAUGGCGAGUUUCCACUUGGCAUCGAAAAAGAUUAUGCUGAUGCAGCGGGUAACACCAAUGUAUCAAAGCGUAACAUUAUUGUUUUAUACUUAAUAACGUCCAUGGGAUGUACACCAAAGGUUGAAUAUCAAAUUUGGAUUAACUUUGCGUUUUAUACUUUUAAAGUUGGUAAAGAUCACUUAGGAGAAGAAGAAGAAAAUACGGUUGUUGAAUCGGAUACUUAUCGUUCAAAGAGGGCUACAUGGUCUAUUAAUUCAAUGAUGCAUACGUGUCUGGAACAGUGGUGGACUUGUUGA